AUGCCAGCGUCCGCCGUAUCCCUCCUCUCCGUUCUCGUGGCCAUUGCGAAAUUGGCUUCAGCUCAAGUCGUCGACGACUCGCAAUGCGACUGCUACGUGACUGACGGCCGAUUCCCAACCUACUACCAGAACCACGGCUUCUGGGACUUUCGCUCCCUGUCCCGCUGCGCCGGCGUCCCCCCCGUCAUCCAGGAUGUCGACGGAAACCUCAACGCCAAGGUGACGUGCUCCCUGUUCGACUGGAGCGACCCCUUCACCGAGUUCUGGGGACCGCAGCACUGGACCAACGGAAAGCAGGGCUUCCCCAUGAUCAUGUCGUACAACAACCUCUACAUCGAGCGCAACCCGAGCGGCGGCCAGAGCGACACCUUCAUGACGAUGCGCACCUCGCGUCUGCCCGGCUUCCAGACCGCCGCCGAGCUGCAGUCGAUGAACAAGGUCGACCACGCCUCCAUCCGCAUGCUCGCCCGCAGCCACGGCUCACCCGGCGCGUGCACCUCCGUCUUCACCUACCUGGGCGCCGAGCACCUCAAGGACGUGCAGGAGAGCGACGUCGAGAUGCUGACGCGCGAGCCGGCCACGGCGAUCCACUACACAAACCAGCCGUCGUACCUCGAGGACGGCACCACGGUCGACGGCGCCUCGUACAACGUCACGUUGCCCGGCGGCCGCGCGUGGUCCGACUGGAUCACGCACCGCCUCGACUGGACGCCCGGCCGCACCACGUUUAGCGUCGAUGGCGUCGAGAGCCACACGCAGACGUUCCAGGCGCCGCGCGACCCGAGCCUGGUGCUGCUCAACGCGUGGAGCGAUGGCGGCGUGUGGACCGGACAGAUGGCGCAGGGCGGCGAGGCGUUCCAGAAUGUGCAGUGGAUCGAGAUGCUCUACAACGUCUUGCCAGACGGUGCGCAGUGCAACAGAAAGUGCAGCAUUGACAAGUCGCCCCAGGUUGGCAAGCCCGUACGCAUCUAG